AUGAAAUUGCAGAUCGAACAGAAACCGGUUCUUGGGCUGAAAAGAGCCGCGGAUAUGGGGUUGCAUCCGCAGCAGAAGAUUAUGAAGAUGAGUAAGGACUCUCAGGCUGAGCAAAAGCGCUCUCUAUUCCAGACGAUGGAUCUCACUGAGUUCGAUUGGCGACGGGGACUUCAAUAG